AUGACUCUCGUCUCAAGAUCUGCUAUCCGUCUCUCCAGACGAGGUGGUCAACAGCUUAGAAACGCCCGUGCCAACGCCGCUUUCUUCAACACAGCUGCCAACCAAGCUCAAAACGUUCUCCCAAAGUUCAACGCUUCCAGCUCUAGAGUUCAAGUCCCCGCCAAGUCUUCUAUCAACUCUGCUAGAACCUACGCUACCCCUUCCAACCUCCAAACCGGUUCCAUCAAGACCGUCAUCGGUGCUGUCGUCGAUGUCCACUUUGACUCUGAGAACCUCCCUCCUAUCCUCAACGCCCUCGAUGUCCAAUUCGCUGAGGGUCAAGAGAAGCCCGAAGGUGGUCGACUCGUGCUCGAAGUCGCCCAACACUUGGGUGAGAACACCGUCAGAUGUAUUGCUAUGGACGGUACCGGUGGUCUCGUUAGAGGUCAGAAGGUCGUCGACACUGGUGCUCCCAUCAAGAUCCCAGUCGGUCCUGCCACUCUUGGUCGAAUCAUGAACGUUAUCGGUCAACCCAUCGAUCAACGAGGUCCUAUCAAGGGUGUAAAGGAAGCUCCUAUCCACGCCGAUGCUCCUGAAUUCGUUGACCAAUCCACCCAAGCUGAAGUGCUUGAGACCGGUAUCAAGGUCGUCGAUCUCCUUGCUCCUUACGCCAGAGGUGGUAAGAUUGGUCUUUUCGGUGGUGCCGGUGUCGGUAAGACUGUGCUCAUUCAAGAGCUUAUCAACAACAUCGCCAAGGCCCAUGGUGGUUACUCCGUAUUCACCGGUGUCGGUGAACGAACUCGAGAGGGUAACGAUUUGUACCACGAAAUGAGAGAAACCGGUGUCAUCAACCUCGAGGGUGACUCCAAGGUAGCUCUCGUGUUCGGUCAAAUGAACGAACCCCCUGGAGCUCGAGCCCGAGUUGCUCUUACCGGUCUUACCAUCGCUGAAUACUUCCGAGACGAGGAGGGUCAAGAUGUGUUGCUUUUCAUUGACAACAUUUUCCGAUUCACCCAAGCCGGUUCCGAAGUGUCUGCCUUGUUAGGUCGUAUCCCUUCCGCUGUAGGAUACCAACCUACCCUCUCUACCGAUAUGGGUGGUAUGCAAGAGCGAAUUACCACCACCAAGAAGGGAUCUAUCACUUCCGUGCAAGCCGUUUACGUGCCUGCCGAUGAUUUGACCGAUCCUGCUCCUGCCACCACCUUCGCCCACUUGGACGCCACCACCGUGUUGUCUCGAUCCAUCGCCGAGUUGGGUAUCUACCCCGCUGUCGACCCUCUCGAUUCCAAAUCCCGAAUGUUGGACCCUCGAGUCGUCGGUGAGAAACACUACCAAAUCGCUACCCGAACUCAACAAAUCCUCCAAUCUUACAAAUCUCUCCAAGAUAUCAUUGCCAUUUUGGGUAUGGAUGAAUUGUCAGAAGAAGACAAGUUGACCGUCGAACGAGCCCGAAAAAUCCAAAGAUUCAUGUCUCAACCUUUCGCCGUAGCUCAAGUUUUCACCGGUAUUGAAGGUCGAUUGGUACCCCUCAAGGACACCGUUGCUGCUUUCGAGGAAAUCCUCGACGGUAAACACGAUCACAUCUCCGAGAACUCCUUCUACAUGGUCGGUGGUAUCGAAGAUGUCAAGGCUAAGCACGAGAAGUCCCUUAAGGAACAAGGUAACUAA